CAAUCCCUUCAGGGACCAGUAAUUUAACUAAAAACUUCCUCAACAGGAUAUCCUAACAUUGAAUUCAAAUCUUAGAUGGAAGAUAUUAAUUAGCUUCCAUUUCAUAACAGUUUUCCUUUGUAGUUUUGUCAUAAGAUACAAAAUAAUGACCAAGUUCCGUAUACUUCUUAUUAGAGUUAUAGAUAGCAACAAUUAAUACAAUACGUAGAUAAAGCUCAAUCAACAUACAGAUAAAGCUCAAUCCAAGAACAAGAAACAAACAUAAAAGAAGACAUAACAACAUGCAGAUAAAAUUCAAUUAAUAUGCAGAUAAAGCUUAAUCCAUGAACAAGAAACAAGUAUAAAAGAUGAUACAUUUAAAUCUAAAGAUGAGAUGGGUUUUAUUUAGAGUAGAAUUUUAAUAACUAUUUGUAUUUUAAACUUAUCAUUUAAUUUUCGUACCAUAAAUACAUCAUUGGCAUUCAAUACCAAUGCAGUUUUCUUUCCUAUUCAGUCUCCUAUAUUGAAUUUCUUUACUUUUGUCAAAGCUAUCGGCCUUUGUUAUUUUGGUUUAUAAGGUAAUCUUUGGAUAGUUGACUACAUAAGUUAAAAUGAAAAAUAUUUUUUUCGUAGAAAAAAACUCAAAACUAUUCAAUUUUCUAUUGGUACCUUGUAGAAUAGAAAAGUCCAAUAAUAAGUAAAUGAUGGAAGAUUCCUUUUAAUGACAGAGGGCUGAGUGUUGGUUGACAGAUCAUUAAACUCGGUGGAAUAGCAAAAUGGAGAAUGAGUUAGAGAGAUAUAGACCAGUCCAAUGCUUUAAUGCUUGCCAACUUGUUAACUUAUUAGCCCUUAAUGUGCCACUUUGCAAACAUACAGAGAGGGAUCCGUUGAUUUGUAACCUCCUGAAUAUGAUAUAUAUUGUCAAUCUACCUUUUCUGCAUACCCUUGUCUCAGCCCUGCACUUGAGAGAGAGAGAGAGAGAGAGAGAGAGAGAGAGUGAGAUGGAGAGAGAGACUUACAGAGACUGUCAGAGGAACCAUGCAUGCUAUCUUGGCGGCUAUGCAAUUGAUGGUUGCAGUGAGUUCAUUCCCAGUAACACCAUGGAAAGCCACUGCAAAGCCUGUGGUUGCCAUAGAAACUACCAUCGGAAAGUCCCUUUUAUAUACUUAAACGAAUCUCCUGAAAUUGGCCACGGUUCUGGUAAGUCUUUUUGGAGCCUAAGAGAGGCAAAGAGAAUCGCCAGGCAGCACCGUGUUCUUCCAGCCCCAUCUCCCCAGGUACCGUUGCAGAAGCAGCAGAACUCCAAUCGCAAGUUCAAGCAGAGGAAAUCGAAGUUCAGGGGACAGAGAGAAGCUAUGAGAGCAUUUGCGGAGAGCCUAGGCUGGACCAUGAGGAACAAAGGUCGUCAACCGGAGAUCAACAGGUUUUGUGAAAGAAUUGGAGUUAGCAGGCUUCAUUUCAAGCCUUACUUCAAAGGCACUGCGUCUACGUCUGGAGCUAACAGUUCCUCUUCUAAGGCUGUUUAGACUUCAUAGUCCAUAUUUUCCCCUGUUCUUAGAAUAACAAUGUAGUCAAGGCCCUCGAAACGUGUAAUUGUUAAUCGAUGUUGUUUAUUUUUUCUCCUCUGGUGCAACAAUGAA